GUUCAAGUAGAAACGUGUACGUUAAUGGUUUUGAUGUUAUUAUGAUGAUGUGAUGUUAUGAUGAAAAUCUUGCAUGUUUUUAUUUGUACAAUAUGAUAUUAUUCUAUGUUGGGAAACUGAAAGUGAAAGUGAGAUGUGAAGGCGUAACCCACACUCUGAAUGUGUGCUCUGCGCUUAACCCAUCUGGUUAGAGCACACACAGUAGGAGUGAUGCUAUGACUCACACUCACACACACACACACACACACACACACGCCUGAGUGAUUUCAGCCUGCCCUGGAAUAUCUAAAGCAGAUCCGCAACAGAUCGGAAACCACGUGACGCGGGGUUAGUUCCACUGCGGCUAUUAGAUUAAUGUGCUCUUUUCUCAAAUGUCGCUUCUUACCUUUUCUGCUUUGUCUGUUUUCCUAAUUACUGUCGUAUAAUCUAUAAAGAAAUUAAUUUCUGCUUGUUAGCCUGCAUUCACUCAGACUGUUGCUCGUAUAAUUCACCGGCGGGUGUUUUUAAUCCCGAGCUGUCAUACAGUAUCUAUAGGCUGUACAGCUGCUCGUAUCACCGUAUGACUAACAUUAUUUAUAUCAUUUAUUCAUAAAAAAAAAUUUGAACUCUCAAUAUAUGCUUCAGUGCGGGAUAUAAAGUCGUGAGAGAUACAUGAUAUUGUCGCCAAGACCGUUCAAUCAUUUUCAUGACAUUUAAUUCGUAAAAAGACUUUGAUUCCCGAACUGGUUCUGAGGCUCGACUAUCUGUCACCGGAAAAACUUUUAUCCGGCGUGUUGCCUCGUUACCACAACCUCUUCACCAGUUUUCAAGGACGAUCUGGUGUUGCUGGGGCUGUGCAGGACGAGACUGCUGAAGUGAAUCUAGAGGAUGACGAAGUGUAAAACAGACUGCAUCGAGAGGCCUCUGUCUCUGGCAUUUGAAAAGCUUGGUCGUGUUGUUGGUAGAUAUCCGUUUGUGUUUCUUUUAUCAGCUGUAUGUGUAGCUGCUUCCCUCGGAGGUGGUUUCAAGUUUCUUCAGGAGAGGAAGGCCAAUGAUAUUGAAGAACAGUUUAUACCUGUCAAUGGACCUGCCAAGUUGGAAAGGGCGAUCGUGGUGGAAAAUUUCCCACAAUCUGAAGAGUUUUCUCAGUUUCGGCUUGUGUCUGAAGGCACUUUUGCCUCUUUGAUCAUCACAGGCUUGCAUGGUGAAAAUAUAUUAACUGAAGCUGCUUUUAAUGACAUUAUAGAGCUAGACAGACGAGUGAAAAGUAUAUCGACAGGACUGAACGCUUUUGACAAGCUCUGUGCCAAAACAAAGGGAAGGUGCAUGUCAAAUGCGGUUUUAGACAUUAUAAAUUACAAUGCUACUGAAAUCGUUUCUUCAAACAUAAAAUAUCCAAUGAAUAAUGGCAUGUUUUUGGGAACAACCAUCGGCGGUGUGGAGCUAAAGCCAAAUAGCUCAGAGAUCAUCAGUGCCAAAGCGGUCAGGCUUUUUUAUUUCUUAGAUGAGAAGAAGACAAAAGAAAACUCUGACUGGCUUGAUGGCUUUCUAAAACUCCUCUCAAAUGCUACAGAGCAGAAAACGGUCCAUGUGUCUUACUUUACAUCAGUAUCAAGACAGAAUGAGCUCGAGACCAAUUCAGACUCCAUCAUCCCCCUCUUCUCUGUUACGUAUUCCCUGGCCAUUACCAUUUCAAUUAUGUCUUGUUCAAGGUUAGACAGUGUCAGGACGAAGGUGUGGGUGGCCACGUUCGGCGUCGUCUCCGCUGGUUUGGCCGUGUUGGCCAGCUUUGGACUGCUGCUGUUCUGCGGGAUGCCGUUUGCCAUGACCGUGGGCUCAGCCCCCUUUCUGAUCCUUGGUGUUGGUGUAGAUGACAUGUUCAUUAUGAUCUCCUGCUGGCAGAAGACUGAAGUUAAUAAAGCUGUUGAGGUUCGUUUAGCAGAAACGUAUAAAGAGGCCGGCGUGUCCAUCACUAUCACCACGCUGACAGAUGUGAUGGCUUUCUACAUCGGUCUCAUGACGCCCUUCCGCUCAGUCCAGUCUUUCUGCAUGUACACCAGCACAGCUCUUCUCUUCUGCUACAUCUUCAACAUCACCUUCUUCGGCGCGUGUCUCGCACUCAACGGACGGAGAGAGAAAGGCAACAGACACUGGCUGACCUGCAUGAAAGUCCCAGAAGCCACUGGUGAUGGUGGAGGUUGUUGUGUCGGUGGGGCGUAUGAUAAAAUCACACAGAAGGAAUUCGAAAUGCCAGUGGAUUCAUUCUUUAAAAACUAUUACGGCCCUUUUCUGACAAGAGCGUGGGUUAAGACGCUCGUGUGUGUGAUCUAUGCCGGGUAUUUGGCAGUGAGUAUCUAUGGAUGCUUCCAAAUGCAGGAAGGUCUAGAUCUGAAACAUUUAGCAGCAGACGGCUCAUAUGUUGGCAGUUACUAUGACAAAGAAGAUGAAUUCUUCUCUUCCUAUGGUCCCAAUGUCAUGUUAGUUAUAAAGGAUGAAAACUUUCAGUACUGGAACCCAACUGCUCGCAAAAGUCUCGACUUGUGUUUGGAGAAUUUUCAGAAUCUGACAAUGGCUCGUUCAGGCAUUCCGCCUGUUUCUUGGCUGAAUUCAUACAUGCAGUUUGGACAGAGAGCGGGUGUCAAUUUAGACGAUGAAAUGCAAUUCAAAAGCUAUUUAACUGCAUUUCUUAAUCAGUCUGGAUUUAGUCAAGACGUUAAUUUCACUAACAGUCAAAUUCAUGCAUCACGAAUGUUCAUUCCGACUGUGAACAUCCGCACAGCGGUCGAUGAGAAGAACAUGCUGAAUGCAUUUAGAGAAACCGCAGAAAAAUGUGGGAAGUUGCAGACGCCCGUUGAUCUGAUAGUGUACCACGCUGCUUUCAUCUAUUUCGACCAAUAUGCCGUCAUCAUCAGCAAUACAAUCCAAAACUUAGUGGUCGCUACAUGUGUGAUGUUAGUCAUUUCACUCCUGUUGAUCCCAAACCCUCUCUGCUCUCUCUGGGUUACUAUUUCUAUCGCAUCUGUCAUUGUGGGAGUGGCCGGAUUCAUGGCAUUGUGGGAUGUUAGUUUAGACUCCGUUUCUAUGAUUAAUCUUGUGAUUUGUAUCGGGUUUUCUGUCGACUUCUCUGCUCACAUAUGCUAUGCUUUUGUGUCGAGUGAACAGUCCUCAGUGAAUGAGAAAGCCACGGAUGCCCUCACUAAACUGGGCUAUCCCAUCAUUCAGGGGGCCGUGUCCACUAUCGCAGGAGUGGUGGUGCUCUCGACUGCCAAAAGCUACCUCUUCAGGACCUUCUUCAAAAUCAUGUUCUUAGUCAUUCUGUUCGGGGCCGUCCAUGGCCUUGUGUUCAUACCGGUGUUCCUGACCUUCCUCAGCACUUGUAGUAGCAGUCAAGAAAAAAACAAGACAAAUCUUCCGAUGCAAAACCACAUGACUGCUUUUCCUCAACAUUCACUUGUGAGUCAGAACGAGUCUGCUGAUCCUGACUGUUACUUUUCUGAAAAAAUUCACCUGUAGAAUUUAUUAUUCAAGCUGAAUUUCUCAAUAUACUGUUAUGCUCUAGUAUUUUGUGUAUUUAAUCAAGUUUAUCUUUUUAUUUUCAUCCUUGUCAGUAUUAUUUUCAAUGCAGUUCUGUUGAAUUUGCACAUCUAUUCGUUUUAACUCAUGAAUACUAACACAACUUCACAUUUGUAAUCCAGUUACGCUCAAGUACAUUGAUUAAACCACAUUACUAAACAUUGGGAAUUUUAUGUUUGGAAUUAAAAGAACAGCGUAACUGUCACUGAAGUGAACGAGUGAGUAAUUUAUGACAGUAUUUGCAUGAAUGCAUAAACACCUCUGCCGCUGAUAUUCUCUGCUGUCUCUGCUUGUUUGCAGUGUAAGAGUAAAUAAAAAACUGGUGCUUCAUAUUA